AUGACAGGAGGGAAGCAGCACAAUAUCCACCUAUCCGCCGCCGCUGGGGCGGAAUUCGAUGCCUCUGCUUACGAGGGUCCUCUAAUGAAAACAGAUGAAGUUGUGGCAAUGAGGAAUCUUUUUGAAGCCUGCGAUACGGAAGGAACUGGCAGGAUACCCUUGAAGGAGCUUAAAAACAGGCUCGUAGCUGCUGGGUUUGAUGUGAAAGGCUCGGCUUUGGCCGAGAUUCUUAGCAUAAUCGACGGCGGAGGAAGAAGAGUAGUGACAUUUCCUGAAUUCAUGCAGCUUGUUACUCCUUCGUCAGACACAUCUUCCCCCGAAGAGGUUUUAAAGACAUUUAAGCAAAUGGACACAGAUGGCACGGGGCGUAUAUGCGUUAGGCACAUAUCGCGGGCCCUCAGAGAGGCCAAUAUGACCUCCACGAUAGCUCAGGAACUUUUGAGUCAAGCAGAUGCAGACAACGAUGGUUGCAUCUUGCUGCAAGAACUGCAGGAGAUCUUCAGUAAACAGACAUACCCGUAG